UAUUGCGUCACCAUAAUUUCCUCAAAUUCCUCAAAUUGAUUUCCCAAUCUCCAUUCAUUUGCCUAAAUACUGAACAUUUUCAACAUAUUGCAACGUUUUCUCCCCUGUCGUCUCCCAUGGCUGGCGUUAUGGAAACAGAGGAACAAGCAAGAAACCGUUUUCAGUUGGAGCUGGAGUUUGUUCAGUGCCUCGCUAACCCAAACUACCUGAACUUUCUGGCUCAAAGAGGAUACCUGAGAGAGAAGCCUUUUGUGAAUUACCUUAAAUAUCUACUUUACUGGAAAGAACCGGAUUAUGCUAAAUUCCUAAAAUACCCUCAUUGUCUGCACAUGUUAGAGCUGUUGCAGUAUGAGCACUUCCGGAAAGAGCUGGUAAAUGCACAAUGUGCCAAGUUCAUAGACGAACAGCAGAUCCUGCACUGGCAGCAUUACUCGCGAAAACGCACACGGCUACAGCAGGCUCUAGCGGAGCAGCAGCAGCAACAGCAGCCACAGGCUCCAUCCCACGGCAACUCCACCUCAAAAUGAGGCAGUCAACUGGGAUUUACUCUAUUUUACAGAGGCAUUUUUGUAAAUGGUCCAUUUUCAAGUGGACUUUUUCAAGUUUUGGAUUAGGACUAUCAGACUGCUCUCUUUAGGCCCUUAAUAUUAGGUCUAUUUAUGAGCCAUUGGCGAGAAAGGUAAAAGAGGUUGAAACUGGCAAAUUAUGAUGCCGCAAUGCAGUAAUAUAUUUAAAUACUUAAUAUAGAUACAAAUUUGAUUGUUUCUUAAUUACAUGUAUCACCAAGUCCUGUUUCAUGUUUAACCUUAUAAAUAAUAUUUUUUAUCAAGUUCAUGUAUGUGUUUUAGAAUGAAUAUGACCCAAAGCAAAAAGAAGACUUUUAAAGGUAGUAAUCACAUUAUACUGCAUAGAUGUUAUCUAUACAUACAUAGAUGUUGCAAAUGUUAGAUUUCAGUAUUUGGAAGCCUCCAAAUAAAAAAAAUAAAUAAAAAAAAGUUAAAAUAAAAUUAUUUUAUGGGUUUUUAGAGUUAAAUUCAGAGAAUUCAAAAUUUUCUUUGGCAUGAUUGUCUGAAUAUUAUCGUCACAAAAACAAAACUGUAAACACACAUUCUUUUUGUUAGAAAGCAUCUGACUGCCAAGAACAAAUAUAAAUGUGGUAUGCAGGCUACCCAAACACUAAAAACAACAGGCCCUCUGUUGGACUAAUACACUCCUCAGUCUUUUAGAUUUUAUUGUUAUGAAAAUGUUGAAAUAUUCACAGGACAGUUUUUUGAUUUUGAGAAUGGAAAUGGACACAAAUGGACAGACUUUUACUAACUUGAAAAGUGGGAAACUAAGUCCUCAAGUGGUUGCUGUGAAAAUGCAUACACUGAAAUUAUGAAUGCAUCUUUUGUGAGAUAUGUGAUUUAGUACCUUAGCCUCCCACUCAUCGUAUUGUGAAGUUGAAUACGGUGUAGUCAAUAAAUCAUUGAUUAUACAUUUAGCAAUGUAAUAUGAUAUAAAAUGUGGAUGGUGUAAAAUGUGUGAGUUGUCAUGCAUUUAACCUUAAUGCGUCAAUAUAAAAUUCAAAUGAAUAUCAUAAAAUAUAUUUCCUAACAAUUAUAAGCUUGGUAAAUGUAUGUCUAUUCUUAAUAUGGUGGAAGCAAGUAUAUGUACAGACUUUACUGCAAGAGUAGUUAUACUUAACUAAUUUAUAAUAAUGCAUUUAUAGAAAAAUAAAUAUAUAAUAGUCCCUAAAUACACUAUAUUUAUUUCACUAUGAACAUUUUACCAUAAAAAAAUAGUAUACACUAAAGCAUAAUAAAAUGACAUGCAAAUAGACCUAUUCUUUCAUUAUUUAAUCUUUAAUUAUAAUAUAACUUUAAAACAGUAAAAUUAUUUAGCAGAAUCAUAGAUUUUAUUUUGCACAUACUCAGUCUCUCAUUUUCCUAACCUCCCUCCACUUUAUGCUUGCACAUGUUCAUUUUAUGAUCAAAAUGAAUGCUACUAUUAUAUUUUAUAUAAAUAUAAUGUCAAAAGUUAAUUUGAAAAAGUUAAUUUUCUGUAGAGCUACACUGUAAAAACAUUGCUGUAUCUACCGUGAUUCUUAAAUACAGUUUUCUGUUAAAAAUUGUACAUUCUGGGAGAUCAAGUGCAGGCUCAAUGUUAAUUGACUAGUUUCACAGUAAAUAACUGUUGUAUGCAAGGCAUUAGUGGAAAAUGAACAUUCAAAAUCAUGAUAUCAUCUUGGUGAAAGCUAGUGACAUUUUGAAAUGUAUAUUUUAAAACCCCAAUGAACAUUUUAGUUUGUGGCACAUGGUUAUUGUUAAUGAUGUUUCUGACCAACUCCUCUGUUCUUUAUCUUCUCACAUCAGCAUUCACUUGUCUAUCUAAUGAAAAGUCAAAUAAUAAAAAAAAAUCAACCUUUAAAGCAAUGCACAUAUUAAAUGUAUAAUGUUGCCAGGAUUGAACAGUGUAUUUAAAAAAAAAAAAAAACAACAACAACCUGUACACAGUAAAAUAACAGCACUGCAUUGUGGGUUAUAAUGGUGAAAUACCCAUAAGCCUUUGUACUUGAAUAAGUAUGUAUGUAAAGCAUUUGGGCUACAAAAAGAAAAGAAAAAGAAAACAUGUACAAUAGUUUUCAUUCAGAAUAUAUUCAGUCUUAGUUUUAUUUAUUGUUGUUGGUUUGUUUGAAGUCGCCAUCAUGGGGAUUCGUGUUCUCAUGAGCUGGCACCUUAGACCUUCUUUGUUAUUAUGUUAUGUGUGUCCAGCCUAUCAAUUUGUGUUUAAGUAAAAAGUUGUUGCACUGUGCUACUUGGAAGACAAAUACAAAGGUUAGACUGAAUGUCUGAUUCUACCAUGCAAAUGCAUUAUAUGUGUUAAUAGUGAUGAAUUACACAUAAGAACUACAUCAGUAAAGGAUA